CCAAAACCCUACCUCCUCGCUCCUAUCUCUUGACCGUUUUAUCCCUACCACCUUUACACGAACGCUCCUACCCCUCUCUCUCUCCCCCUCCCUCUAAAACAAUGAAGGCCUGUUAACGAAUUUCUCCUCGAGCAAGAAACCAGUAACCGCUGCUCUUUAUUACAGAGGAAGAAAGAGAGGGGAUAUUCUUAUUCCUCAUGGCUUGCUUUCUUGCGUGUUUUGGUUCAUCCAAAGAACGCAAACGUCGUAGGCACAGUAAGGUUCAACCACGAGUCCAUAGAAAGGUAGGUUAUGGGAGUCCAGUGGAAGCUACAGUUUCAGUGGUUCAGGACUGCAGCCCAGAGAAGCCUAUUGUGAGCCCAGCUUCAGAAAUCAGGGAUGAUGGGUCUGAGGAGAAAUUAAGCUUGAGUACGAGAAAGAAAGUGACAUUCAAUUCGAAUGUGACAACCUACGAUCAUGUUUCAGUUGAAGAAUCCACAGAUUUUACUUUGGGGAAAGAAGAUUGUGGCGAUAAAAGGGAGGGAAAGGAGGAGAAUAUUGCAAAACCAAGCCAAUCUCAGUCUUCUUCUGACGAUAGUUCAAUUGCAUCAAGCUUGUGUUCUUACCCUCCUAAUCAUCGUUAUCAGAAUUGUAGAGACAGUGAUGAUGAGAUGGGCUAUGAGGAAAGUGAUAUUGAUGAGAGUGAUGAUGAUGAGGAGGAGGAGGACGGGGGGCUAGAUUAUGAUGAUGUAUAUGAGGAUGAUGAAACCGCAGAGUCAACGUCUAGAAUGACUAAAUUGGCUAACGAGGAGAAUGAUAGUGACGUGAUGAACAGUGGUUUGUCUGGGAAUAGGAAUUUUCGAGAUAGGAGAGCUGCUGUGCUGAACCCAGUUGAAAAUCUAAGUCAAUGGAAGAUUGUAAAAGCAAAAGGAAAACCACCAUUGAGGCAACAGAAAGAAAAUCUGACAUUGGAUCAAGAACCUCGAAUGUCGUUUAGUUCCGAGCCUGGUUUUAAGGAAUUGGCAUUCAGUUUCAAGGCAAAAGCUGGUCAAUGUAAUAAGAAGCCAGACCAAGAAAUAGCGGUGGAUACUAGCUUGUCUAAUUGGUUGGGUUCAUCGGAAUGCACACCAGUCAAUAAGCCUGGAUCAAUUGGUUUAGAUGCCAUUGCACCUGAGAAAAGCAUGUCACAGGGAUCUAAUUCACCAAGAAGCUUUGAUGAUAGGCCUAUUCUUGGGGCACUAACGGUGGAAGAGCUUAAACAGCUUUCAGCUACUUCUUCAAGGAGGUCACCAAGUCGUAGCCCUGAUGAGAUGCCAAUAAUAGGAACUGUUGGGACUUAUUGGAAUCACGGUGGCUCCGGCAAGGAUUCUGGCUCGGCCUCUUCAUACAAAGGAAUUCCCAACACGACCAGCAAAUACAGAGAGGACAAAAGAGUGAAUUGGCACUCCACUCCAUUUGAGACACGACUAGAGAGAGCUUUGAAUGGUGGUGAUGCUGCUCCAACCUACUCAACUCACACUAUUGUUCGUUAAACAUGAUUGGAGUGUUGUUUUGUGUGUGAUUCCAUCUCUAUUUUCCUUUUCCCUUUGUGAAUUAUGGUAUACGGUUGUUCUUGUUGCGUGCUUGGAGUUGUAAUUCUUUCAUUGGUUUGAUUAAUGAGUAAUAUAAUACAAUACGGCUCUACUUUUGUGCUA